AUGUCUUUCCUUUUACCAAAACGUUGGUCCGUGUCAACGACAUCGGGAAGCGUGUCGUUAGCAACCAAGUUUCGAAUUAAACAUCCAUUUAUCAAAAUAAAUACUUCAUAUUCAUCAACUGAUAAGUCAACUGAACAUGAGAAAAUCAUGAGAGGAAAUACUUCAUCUACUCAGAAACUGCCACCUGAAUUCCAGAAAGCUCUUGCAAAUGGCCCAAGUCUUUCUGAAUUUAUCAAGCUAGGCAAUAAUAAUCAGUCAAUUGGUCAAGAUCCUUUCAGUUCCCAGAGUUUGGUCACUAAAUCGGAAGAACGUCUCCGCCUCCCAGAAUGGUUAAAGACUGAGAUACCAUGUGGUGGUAAUGUGGCACGUUUGCAAAAGCAGUUACGUUCACUCAAUCUACAUACCGUUUGUGAAGAAGCUCGAUGUCCUAAUCUUAGUGAAUGUUGGACUGGCGGGAAGUCUACAGCCGCUACAGCUACAAUCAUGAUAAUGGGUGAUACAUGUACUAGAGGUUGUCGAUUUUGUUCUGUUAAAACGUCACCGAAUCCACCACCUCUUGAUCCAAAUGAACCAGUAAAUACUGCAGAGGCUAUAAGUAGAUGGGAUGUAGACUAUAUUGUCAUAACAUCAGUUGAUCGUGAUGAUUUGGGCGAUGGAGGUGCCCGACACAUAGCUAAAACAAUUCGCCAAAUAAAAGCACGUAAACCAUCAAUCAUAGUUGAAUGCUUAGUACCAGAUUUUCAAGGGUGUACAGAUUCCAUUCAUACAGUUGUUCGUGCUAGUCCUGAAGUAUAUGCCCAUAAUAUUGAGACUGUGGAGUCACUACAACGCGUUGUGCGGGAUCACCGAGCUGGUUACGCUCAAUCACUUCGAAGCUUAGAGACCGCAAAGGAACGUAGUAAUCGGCUCGUGUCAUCUGGAAAUGCAGACUUCUUGAUCAUCACAAAAUCCAGUAUUAUGUUAGGCCUUGGUGAAACAGAACAAGAAGUAAUGAUAACUCUUAAAGAUUUACGCCAAGCUGGAGUUGACUGCGUAACACUUGGGCAGUACGUACAACCAACUAAGCGUCAUCUGAAAGUUAAAGAAUAUGUUCAUCCGGAUAAAUUUGAUUAUUGGGCGAAAAUUGGCAAUGAUCUAGGAUUUUUAUAUACAGCUAGUGGACCAUUAGUCCGAUCAUCAUAUCGAGCAGGAGAAUAUUAUAUCAAGCAUAUUAUAGAUCAACGUACACGAAGGAACAUAUAG